AUGGGCGGUGUGUGAUGUGUUAUGGUAAGUCGCGCAGUUUUAUCUUAUGUCUCAAAAUUUUGUACGGUUUUUAUGAAAGCGUAGAAUAUUUAUGUUAAAUAAACAAAGAGAUAUUAAUUGAGCUGUAGAUCUUAACUAGUGUGUUUGUUGCACGUUCGAAGUAUGGGACGGUUUCUUUCCCAACGGCUGCCGUAGGCUAGCGUCCGACUGUGAAAAAUGAAAAGAGACCCGGCACAUACCUGCGGUGGUGUUUCACUGAGAACCCUGCCGCGGCUGUUUCUCAGUUUGCCGGGAGGUGGCUACUAAUUCACGUAAACUAACUCAUCGGUCACACGGUACGAAGCUGUUCGUCGUGGUUUCCACUAGGAAAUGACAAGUGUAACAAAUAAGGAAAGUCACCAAAAAGGUUUUUCUCCGGACGUGUUAUCCGUAAGUGUGCUUCGUCAUAAGACUGACGUUCAAAUCCCACUGUUCACCCUGACAAAAGUUGACGAUUUCGUCUUUCCUGUUAAACCAUGGACCCCGAGAAUAACGGAUACAUAGAUUUAAAUCCAUACUGGAGUGGAGAAGAUGAGCAGUACGACAACUGUGACUGUCCAAGACCUCCUCCCCCUCAGUUCUUGAUUCCACCUCCUCCUGCUUCUCCUUCCUUCCAGCUGUGCCAAGGCCAAAAUUCCGACCUACAGUACUGUGAUGUUCGACCACUAGGGGCUGAAUACACACAUCCUACCUUUCCGUCUCUUCCUGUUAUUGCUGUCUGCUCUUCUGUGGUAUUUGUCGCCAUCUUGGUUGUUUCUUUUCUACUUUGGAAGCAUAAGAGGAAAGUCCAGAAUUUUCUUCCUUCUAAGAGUGAGCACCAACCUCCUUGUGAUAUCCCCAGUUCUAAUGGAGUGACGUAUGAUGAUGUACUGAUCAGUCAUCAUCCUACUCGGAUACCUACUCACCACCAUGUUGGACCGAACACCCAAACCCUCACUCCUAUUGAACAGCUUCUGGAUGUUAAAUAUGGCGCCUUCUCACAACCUCAGUUCUCCCAUACCAACUUUACCUUCUCAAGUAAACAGAUGGGAAGUUUGAGAUCAAAUAAAAGUAAAGAACACUUUAAUCCUAUAUAUGAAGAGGUUUCAGGAGGUUCAGAAGAGAAGGGCGACACUCGUAGUGGUGAUUCAGACAUUGAGGACAGUGAAACGGAAGCUCGAGUAAUUGGAAGUGAAGACGAAUUUGCAGAAGACGAGCUGAGCCUUGCAGAGUUCCCUAAAGAAGCAGCUCUUGUGGACUCAACAACUAGUAGUCUCCGAGGUUCCACUGGAGGUGACUUGUGUCCAGACGUGGCUUCUGGGUCCAGUGAAGGCGCACUUACUGACAUCUCUGAUUCGCGAGAACUACGUGGACUUUUUCGUGGAAAUAAGGGCGGAUCUUUAACUCAUAAAAAUGUCGGUCAGUCUUCAGAACGUAUUCGAAACAAACAUGGUAAUGGAAGGAGUCAACCCAAGCAUCAUUAUUAUUUAGAUAAGAACAUGAGAGGUAAAGAUCAAUCUUAUCCUACUUUACAAAGGGGAGGUGACGCCCCUAUUCCACAAAACAAUAUAAAUUCUGCCACCCACCUUGACAAACCUGGCAUAUCAUCCAAUAUUAAAGUUUCUUCACAUGAACCUGAAUACCUACUCAGUGGCCACAGAGAAAUAUACUCUGAUCAUCCAAAUGAAAGACGGUCUCAUAAGCGUCAUACAGACUCCCCUGCUCCUCUUCCUAAUCCAUUUGGCCAGGAUAGUGAACAGGCAUCGGUGAUGUACAGUCCAACCUCUGGAUCUAAGGCUGGAGGACUACCGGGAGCUGUUCUUUCUGAACUCAAUCAGAGAAUUAGUGAUCCUAAUAAAAGACCAGGAUUAAAUUCUGAUAGUCAGUCUCGUAAGAGUCCCAUGCCUAGUAAACAGCGAUCAAUUGCCCCUGUCGAGUUAGAAACUUUUCGAGCAAAACCAGGGCUUAGAUCCAUACCUAACCCUCAGAAGGACAAUAUAUACGCAUCAAUAGACGAAGAAGAGCCUUAUACCAAUGAUGGCAACUGCCAACACACUAGUCGGAACCCGGGAGAAUCCAGACACAGCUUAAGCAGACGGGGAGUGCCAAAGGGCUGGAAUAAAGCCUUAACCAGCCAAUACAUUCCACCCAUUCACAAUACCGAAGAACAAGAAUCAUAUGGUAAUAUUAGGCCUGUGAACGAUUCCAGAACAAUAGGGACAUGACUGCUUAUAAGUGUUUAUUCUUUAUUGAAAAUUUAGUCGAAUAUAUUUUGAUCACGCCAGGCAAUGUGGUGAAGCACACAACUACUGUUUGCAGGAUAACAGCUUGUCCUGGUUUGUGGUUUGUUCUGGUCCCUUGUAGCUUCUUCUUAUUAGCUAGAAGUACUUGUUGGUUGAAGGUUCUCAUGCCAUCCUUCAUGUGGCGCGAAACAAAAUAAAGUAAAUUCUGGUUGUGAAGAUAAAAUUUAAUUGACUGCUCAUCGUAAAUAUUGUAACUAUAAAAAUCUUUUAUGCUGCUCUAAUGUGUAUAAAUAAUUGGUAUAAAUAUCAAACGGAAAGAACGUUUUGCUUUUGAGCUGAAAUUAAAUCCUAUUGUAGCUUCUGCCUAGGUAACAAGUAAAAUAUGUAUGGUGUGUAUAGUCAACACUGUGAUAAUGUGCGUGUAAGCUGUUUCCCAGAUCUUGAAGUUUUUUUUUCUUCUGCUACUUAGGGCUCAUGGGCCAACCUUUGUAAAUAAACGUAUGCAUUUCUAAGGCUCCAGACAAAGAAGCCAAGAAACAAUCCAGUUUUAUUUCUCUUGAAAAUGUACCCCCAUUCUAUUACUACUUAAUGCUCAAAAUCUAUAACAUGUCGUAAUAUAUAAAAAACCUCUCCUUCCUAAAUAAACAAGGUGUCUCAUCUCUAUAUAAGUAUGUAAGUUUUUAAACGAAAUUUGGACUGGAUUAAAGAUGUUUAUUUUUUUUCCCAAAAUGUUAAUAAGAAAUUAGAAGUGUUCAACAUUAAUAUCCAGGAUUUGUUUAAAAAAGAAAGAUGGUCUUUACACAUCUUCUCUGCUUUCUCACUUUGAAAUAGUGAAAAAUGAUUAUAAACCAAAUAAAAAUAUUAUUGCAGAUAUAAUCAACAUAUCUUGCUGUAGAAUAUCUUUUAGGCUUGUAAUUGUUUGAAAUCUUUGCGGUGCAAGUUGUUUUGCAUUUUUUUCAUUAAUGGAGAAGUGAAACGAGAAGGGGCAUUGGUAAGGACGAUCUUUACUUCUCUAAAUUUUUAAGGAGAGAAAGGGAAGACUAAAAUGAAAUUCAAAGAUAAUUCUCAGAAAUUUAAAUUCUUAGAUAUAAGUAAUAGUUCUAUUACCCGUUAAUAUUCGAAUAAGAAUGAUACAAAAUGAUAAUACGAUAGGAAGUACUGCAGUACAGUUCCACGUGUAAAGAAAAUUGAUAUAUUUGAAACCAUAUUUGAAAUACAGUUGAAAGUUUUAAGUGUUAGACAAUGCUAAUUAUUAUUGUUUCCGUUAUGUUUUUUGUUAUUAUUUGUUUUAAGACCUUCUUUGGGUUUUAAACUUUUUCGGCUACUCCAAAACAUUAAGACCAAGCAGAAUCUAAGAAAAUAUUUUGUUUUAUUGUUAUUAUUAGUUUUAGAAGUUUCUGUGCAAAAUAAUUUUCGGAGGACAUUUUGUAUACUUGUAGAUACUCAUAACAAAAAAUCAAGAAUUAUGAAUUCAUUCAGAAUUGAUAUUAAUGAUUGAAAGAACUUUCAAAACGUUAAUUUUUUCUUUUUCUGGACUGAUUAAAAGUAGACAAAAAUCGUCAUGGAAGUGUUGUAUUUUAUCUAUCACUCUUCGUCGUAUUUUCCAAUAGGAAAAAAUUGUUAUAUGUAAGCCUAAAACGCAUAAUAAUUUCUAGAAGAACAAAAUAGCAGAGUGAGAGAUAUGAUAACCUGAGCUCAUGAUGUUAUUUAACGUUAAUAUCAAAUAUACAAAGUUGCUGAUAGAACACCACCUAGCGAUGAAGUGUGUAUUUUGUUAUCAGCAACGUUGUUCCUAUGUUUCAAAUAAAUCUGAAGACUCAUAUUUAUCCCUACUUUUCUUAAAUUUCCAGAAUGAAUGAGAUGAAUAAU